AUGGAGCUUCUUGGCAGCGGCAUCUUCAAUGCGGAUGGAGACAAUUGGACCCUGCAGAGGAAGACUGCGGUCCAUGAGUUCUCGGUAAAGAAGCUGCGGGAGCAUGCCACUGCCGUUUUCCAAGAGCAGGUGGGGGCCCUGGUCAGGCAGGUGGAUCAUGCGGCCAUGCAGGGAACAGUCCUGGACCUCCAGGACGUUUUGAUGAGCUUCACGCUUGAGUCCAUCUGCCACGUCGGCUUCGGGGUCCGUUUGGUCGCCCUCACUUCCCCAGAUGGCUACACUGAAGCGUCCGACUUUGCCAAAGCGUUCAACCUCGCGAACCAGGUCGUGGCCGAGCGGUUUUUGACUCCGGUGGUCUGGAAGCCGCAAGACCUGCUCUCGCGGUUCAUGACAAUGCGGGAUGGCAAUGGUGCGCUUUUAUCGGACGCCUACCUGCGCGACGUCGUCAUCAACUUUAUCAAUGCGGGCAGGGACACGUCAGCAGGGGCGAUCACGUGGAUGAUAUACGAGCUGACAAGGAAUUGCCACGUGGAGGAGAGGAUAUUAGAAGAAGUGAUGGUGGUGCUGGAACUGGGGCAGGGGGAGGGGGAGCGGUUAGCAGAACAGCUGUCUUUCGGAAAAGUCAGGAAGCUCAAUUAUCUACAGGCGGCGCUGUCCGAGACGCUCCGCCUACACCCUUCUGUUCCCCAGGACCGGAAGACCGCCGUAGAUUCGGACGUCCUUCCGGACGGGACCCAGAUCUCCAGGGGAUCCCUCGUAGUCUGGACCGCCUACACCAUGGGCCGCCAGGAGAGCAUAUGGGGCCCGGACGCCCUCGAGUUCCGUCCGGAAAGGUGGCUCGCCCCGAACGGAGACUACAAGGCGGAAUCUUCGUACAAGUUCACCGCUUUCCAGGGCGGACCUCGCAUGUGCAUCGGCAAGGACCUGGCUUUCCUGGAGAUGAAGGCUGCAGCAGCCGCGCUGAUUUACAACUACCGCUUCGAAGUGGUUCCCGGCCACCAUGUCAAAUACGAGAUAGCGCUUACUAUGCCCAUAAAACACGGGUUGCUGGUCAAUGUAAGCAGGCGGUGGAGCUGA